AUGGCGGCUUCCAUAAAUGGCUAAUUUGCGGUCGCUUUGUUAGUACCCCCUUUCAAACCGCGAAAUAGAAGCGCUUCGUUUCAUUUCCUUGUCUUCUGUGUAUGCCAGGUAUUACAAGAACCCAGCGUAAAUCAAAACUUGUCGCGGCAGAAAAUUUGUCCAAGAUAAAUCAGAGUCGGUUUGAUUCAAGCAUGGAGGAAACAAUGACGAUUGAUCAGGCUGCAGCUGCCGAGCUCUCUGCUAUCCCCAGUGUACAUGUAGCAGCAGGAGACAGUGAUGCUGAUUUUGAAGCAGAAACAUUGCCAAUUCAACCGUUUAAAAGAAAGUCAAGAAAACGAAAGAAAGAUGACCCUGAGCAUGGACAGAAGCGGUCGAAAAAGGGUAAGAAAAAGGGAGAAUUGGAGCAGACGGGUGAAGGUGUAGAGCUCUGGGCUCAGGUACCUGAUCAACAACAGGAACCUGUUCCGAAGGUGAUCAUCAAGCGAAAGAAAGACAAUGGCAAUGAAGAAGGCUCACUAUUUGAAAUUGUCAAACUUGGGAAAACUGCACUCCAGAGUGUGGUUGAUGAUUGGAUCGAGUCCUACAAAGCUGACCGAGACGCUGCCCUGCUCGAGUUGAUCCAGUUCUUCAUCCAGUGCUCUGGAUGCCGUGGUAAGAUCACGCCACAUAUGUACGCCGAGUUACAACAUGCUGAGCUGAUCAGAAAGAUGACCGAGGAGUUUGAUGAGGAAAGUGGUGACUACCCAUUGAUCAUGUCAGGACCGGUCUGGAAGAAAUUCAAAACUAACUUCUGUGAGUUUGUGACAACCCUGGUGCGGCAGUGUCAGUACAGCAUCAUUUAUGACCAGUAUAUGAUGGAUAACAUCAUCUCCCUGCUAACCGGGCUGACCGAUUCUCAGGUGCGAGCUUUCCGGCACACAAGCACCUUGGCAGCGAUGAAGUUGAUGUCCGCCCUCGUAGACGUAGCUCUCAACCUCAGUAUCAACCUCGACAACACCCAGAGACAAUAUGAUGCGGAGCGGCAGAAGAACCAAAACAAACGGGCAUCUGAGCGUCUUGAGAUGUUGAUGGCGAAGAGACAGGAGCUGGAGGACAACCAGGAAGAGAUUAGGAACAUGCUGACAUACAUCUUCAAGGGAGUCUUUGUUCACAGAUAUAGGGACACCCAGGGUGAAAUCCGUAACAUCUGUUUGUCGGAGAUUGGAGUCUGGAUGCGCAAGUAUCCGAAUAUGUUCUUAGACGACAGCUACCUCAAGUAUGUCGGCUGGACACUUUAUGAUCGGAGCGGGGAAGUCCGCCAUGGAUGUCUGAAAUGUCUUCAUGCGUUGUACGAAUCUGAGGAGCUGGCACCCAAACUGGAACUGUUCACCAAUAGGUUUAAGGAUCGUAUUGUGGAGAUGACCCUGGACAAGGAAUAUGACGUAGCGGUUGCUGCAGUCAAACUCGUCAUCAGCAUCUUGAAAUUCAACGAACAAGUCUUAUCCGACAAGGACUGUGAGAACGUCUAUGAGUUAGUUUACUCCUCUCAUCGCUUGGUGGCGCAGGCAGCGGGAGAAUUCUUAAAUGCCAAGCUGUUCCAGAAAGAUGAGGAUGCGGUGAGGAAUCUGAGGACAAAGAAGGGCAAGAAGAGGAGUGAGAAUACACCAUUGAUUCGUGAUCUCGUUCAGUUCUUCAUCGAGAGUGAGUUACAUGAACACGGUGCGUACCUCGUGGACAGCCUCUGGGAGAUCAACGACAUGAUGAAAGACUGGGAGUGUAUGACCGAUCUGCUACUGGAGGAACCAGGGCGAGGUGAGGAACCGUUAGAUGACCGCCAGGAGACCAGUCUCAUCGAGAUCAUGGUGUGCUGUGUAAAGCAAGCUGCUACUGGUGAAUCGCCCGUGGGAAGGGGACCGAACAAGAAGCUGACAGCCAGAGAGAAUAAACAGAUCGGUGAAGAUAAACAGAGGCUGACGGAGCAUUUCAUUGUUGCAUUGCCACAGCUGGUUGUCAAGUAUAUUGCCGAUGAUGAGAAGAUAGCCAACCUUCUACAGAUUCCGCAGCAUUUUGAUCUGGAGAUCUUCACCACAAGCAGGUUGGAAAAGCAUCUUGAUACUCUCCUGCGCCACAUCUCUGAGAUCGUCGACAAGCACACCAACCAAGAGGUGCUCGAAGUCUGUGCCAAGUGCUUCGAGACUUUCUGCAAUGAUGACUACGCUAUCGCUAGGAAGUGCCACCUGGCGUGCAAUACGCUCCUCGAUACCCUGGUGGAGCGCUACAAGGAGGCGUUUCAGGAUCUCUUCCAUGAGGAAGAGGCUGAUGAUGAUGAGGCCUAUGCCAUGGAGAUUGCCUCCAAGAAGAUCUACGCUUUCUUUGGGUGUCAUGAUCUGACGAGCAGAGACUUGUGGGAUAAUCUCCAUUACAUCGUCAAGAAAGCCAACGAGAAUGCAUCCAUCCCAGAAGAGGUGGUGUGUAAAGCGAUCGGUUGCUGCUCUCUCACCAUCAUGUGGAAGCUCUAUGCUCUUGAUAAUAACAACCCUGAUAAGAAUGCCAUGAAGAUGAUUCGUAAGUUACUGAGCGAGCUGAUGGGUUUGUGUACCGACCUUCUCUACCAUCAACAAGAUAAAGUGAACGAGGAAGCCUUCGUCACAAUCGGUGACCUCCUUAUUGUCUUCAGCAAGCACAUGGGCAAUAACGCCAACCUUGCCCCACUCAUCUACGAACCUGAUAAAAAUCUGCAAGCCCAGCUUAGUGGUUUCCUCACAGAGAAAGUGUUCGUCGACGAUGAGGAUGAGGAUGUUGACGAAAACGUCAAGAUUGAGGAAUUGCAUAAUCGCCGUAACUUCCUGGCAUCGUUCUGUAAGCUUGUCGUCUAUAAUGUUGUUCACAUCAGGACGGCCGCCGAUAUGUUCAAAUACUACAUGAAGUUCUACAAUGAUUACGGAGACAUCAUCAAAGCCACUCUGAGCAAAGCGAGAGAGAUCAACAAAGUCAGCACAGCCAAGACACUGGCUCUCAGCCUCAUCAAGCUCUUCAAGGACGUGCAGGAGGAGCAAGGUAUCAUGAUCGACCGAUCAUCUGAGGGAUACCAGCAAAUCAAGGAACUCGCUCGGAGAUUCUCGUUAUCAUUCGGCUUGGAUCAGAUCAAGAACCGGGAGGCAGUCGCUGCCAUGCACAAGGAGGGAAUCAUAUUCGGUCUGGCCAAUAUGGAGAGUGCCGAUGAUCCCAAUGGCCCGCCACCAAACCUGGCAUUCUUGGAGAUCUUGUGUGAAUUCACAAGCAAACUUAUGAAACAGGAUAAGAAGACUGUGGUGAACUAUUUGGAUCGUCAUCUUGCUGGUGGCAUGCCUUCAAACCGGAGUGAGGACUGGGCCCCUCUGCUCACCUAUAGGAACAGUUUGGUUCAAGGAGAGUCAGACCUUCUCAACAAUCCCCUCAUGAAGAAUCCCCCUGGACGGCCCAAGAGCAAAUCAAAUAGAGGAAGGAGGUAUCAGCAGGAAGAUAUGGGUGUGACCCCUCACCUCCCCCCUCCUCAGCUGCAGUCAACAAUGAUGAAAAGGGCCAGACUCGAUCCAGAAAUCGAUGACCAUUCCUCCACACAUGGCUCCGAAAGAGAUUUUGAUGAAACAUCUGUAGCCCUCACCAUGUCACAGAUGUCCCAAGCAUCGUGGUUAAGCAGCCAGAAACGAGUCAUGGAAUCCACGCGUCUUGCAGAACCAAGUUACAGCCGAAGAGACGAUUCAAACCUGCAGGCAAGAACACGGCAGAAAGCUCGGCGGCCAAAGAAUAUGUUUACUGAGUCAGUGACAUCGAUGGAGAAUUUAGAUAUCAACGAGGAAUCUGAUUAGAGAUUCGACCAGCCAGGAUCUGGUGAUGGACAUGUCGUUGGGUAGUGCAGCUGAUGAUAUACUGACCGCAGACCAUCAAUGGUUGAUAGUCGUUGGAAUGGCCUGCAUAUGAACUAAACCGAGUGAGAUUCCACCCUUCCGUUGGUGGACUGAGAUGUUAUCAACACGAGCUCUCAACAUGUGUUGGCACAUGUCGCUGAAAUUGUCAUCAUCUGUGCUAGUGAUGGAAGGUUGUGCUGCCACAAGCGAACAUUUUUGAUAAAUCCUAUGACAUUUCCCUGGGCAUCCUAGGAGUAACGGAUCAUAAGCAUUCAUCAUUGUAUAUACUUCAUAUACCAGUAAUUGAAAACUUUUUUAGAAGAUGGGCUAUUUUAGAAUCAGUGGAAUAUAGUUAGAAAUACUUGUACUUUCUCUGUUUUGCUUUGUUCUAUUCCUGCAGGAUGUUUUCAAAGGUCAUUGAAUGAGUUAGCAGUGUCUGUUGUCCGUAUUUUUUAUGAUUGUGUACAGUAUAAGUGCAAUGAAUGUUCGUUUUAAACUAAUCAUUCUGUAUUUUUCUGUGAAUUUUUUGUUCACAAUUGAGAUAAAAUGAGAUUGAGGCCACUUUGAGUUUGUGGGACAAGUACAAUUCCACAGCGUCCGAGUAAAUUUCGAUAAUUUGACUUUGGGAAUAAUAUUUUCAAUCAAGAAAUAAUCCUUGUGAAAGUACUUCAUCUACAUGUAUAAUUUACUUUGACUUCUCGUUAAAAUGUUUAAAAUUCA